UCACCAUGUGCUCAUAGGCCAGGUCACCUUGGGGACAGCCCACAACCCUUAGACCUCAGUGUCCUUGGGAGUUAACAGGAGAGACCAAGUAGAUGAAGAGCCUGUGCUGCAGACAGACAGGAGGCUGGUGCUGUGCCCACCAGGGUAGGCAGCGGGCAGCGUCAUGGGGCAGCCAAUCAGAGGAGGAGGGGACUGCAGAGAAACCAGUGAUCCUGCUGCAGCUGAGCUGUCCUUGGAGGGUGGGAGCCAAGGGAAGGGGGGGGGGGAGAGUGCAGGGAAGGACAUUCCACAGGCUUUUUUGGCCCCUGACAGAGACAUGGGUCAGAGAGAAAGGGAAAAGAGCAAUCCAGGAAGCCGGAUUACAACAAGAGCACCAAGACCACACUGUUUCUGUGUGUGAGGAACUUUGGGAGAUAAAAUUAGACCUAGGGCUUGCCGACAGGGAGUCUGAAGCUUGGGACAUGGACCAUCCACUGCGAUUGCAAGGCAGUUCUGUCCCUGAGGACAGGACUGAAGCUGGGAUCAAGCACUUCCUGGAGGACACCGAUGAUGCAGAACUGAACAAGUUUGUGAAGGAUUUCCCAGGAAGCGAGAGCUGCCACCAACCAGAGGCCAAGACCUGGGGGUCCAGACCCCAAAUCCUGGAACCAAGGCCCCAGGCCCCGGACCUCUGCCAGGAUGACCUGGAGUUCAGACCCCCCUCGUGGCCCCAGUCCUCUGACAACCAGCAGAGCUCUGCCCCAGCCCCUCUCAGCCCUUCAGCCCGGCCCCGCAGUCCAUGGGGCAAGCUCGAUCCUUAUGACUCCUCUGAGGAUGACAAGGAGUACGUGGGCUUUGCAACUCUCCCCAAUCAAGUCCACCGAAAGUCCGUGAAGAAAGGCUUUGACUUUACCCUCAUGGUGGCAGGAGAGUCUGGCCUGGGGAAAUCAACCCUUGUCAACAGCCUCUUCCUCACUGAUCUGUACCGGGACCGGAAACUCCUCAGUGCUGAAGAGCGGAUCACACAAACGGUGGAGAUCACUAAACACGCAGUGGACAUAGAAGAGAAGGGAGUGAGACUCCGGCUCACCAUCGUGGACACACCAGGUUUCGGGGAUGCGGUCAACAACACAGAGUGCUGGAAGCCUGUAGCAGAAUACAUUGACCAGCAGUUCGAGCAGUAUUUCCGAGACGAGAGCGGCCUAAACCGCAAGAACAUCCAAGACAACAGGGUGCAUUGCUGCCUGUACUUCAUCUCGCCCUUCGGCCACGGGCUCCGGCCACUGGAUGUUGAAUUCAUGAAGGCCCUGCAUCAACGGGUCAACAUCGUGCCGAUCUUGGCUAAGGCGGAUACACUGACACCUCCUGAAGUGGAACGCAAGAAACGCAAAAUCCGGGAGGAGAUUGAGCUCUUUGGAAUCAAGGUCUACCAGUUCCCAGACUGUGACUCUGAUGAGGAUGAGGACUUCAAAUUACAGGACCAAGCCCUAAAGGAAAGCAUCCCAUUUGCUGUAAUUGGCAGCAACACUGUGGUAGAGGCCAGAGGGCGGCGAGUUCGGGGCCGGCUCUACCCCUGGGGCAUCGUGGAAGUGGAAAACCCAGGGCACUGCGACUUUGUGAAGCUGAGGACAAUGCUGGUGCGUACUCACAUGCAGGACCUGAAGGAUGUGACUCGGGAGACCCAUUAUGAGAACUACCGGGCACAGUGCAUCCAGAGCAUGACCCGCCUGGUGGUGAAGGAACGGAAUCGCAACAAACUGACUCGAGAGAGUGGUACCGACUUCCCUAUCCCUGCUGUCCCACCAGGGACAGAUCCAGAAACUGAGAGGCUGAUCCGAGAGAAAGAUGAGGAGUUGCGGCGGAUGCAGGAGAUGCUACACAAAAUCCAAAGACAGAUGAAGGAGACCCAUUAGCUGGCUUUCAGCCCUGGAUAUUUAAAUAUUUUGUUCAUCCUGCCCAUGCCGGCCCCUCCCAGCACCAGCUCUGCUCAGGCCCCAGUAGCUACUGCCACUUCGCCUUACAUCCCUGCUGCCUCCCCAGAGACUCAGAGGAAAUAAAGUCUAACAAAUAUAUAGGUGGCU